CGCGGCGCCCGAACACCGCGGGGUUGUAUAUAAGAGGCGGGCGAGGUCGGGGCGCGCCACAAGUCGAGUAGCACUCUCAGUUGACAACUUUGUGUUAAAGUGUGUGUUCCAUACGAUGUCGUCGAUGAAAUGUUUAUUGGUAGCGGUUGCUUUGGUGUGCGUGAGCGUGCGACACGCGUCGUCUGCGCCCGCGCCGCAAGCAGAAGAGCAAUAUCCACCGAUGCCAUACGAAUACAAAUACGACGUUGAAGACCCAGAAAAGGAACUGUACUUCGGAGCAAAUGAAUCUGGGGACGCACAAGGCAAGGUCAUUGGAGGAUAUAGGGUACUACUUCCCGAUGGCAGACUCAUGGUAGUAGAAUACACAGUCGAAGGUGACAGUGGAUUCGUACCCAAAAUCAGUUUUCAAGACAACGCCAGUCCCUUCAAAGGAAAGUAACCAAUAGACUUAAUUUAGCGAUCGACCCUUACGAUUAUAUCGUUGGCACAACAUCCAAAUGAUUUUUUUUUUGUAUAUUGCCAUUAACAGUUGUAAAGUCAUUUAAAAUAGCGAUUGAACGUUAAAAUAAAGUCUAGAAUUUAUUUCAAAAUUAUAACAGUAAUAUUUGUGUUCAAUGGUCAUAAAUAUAUUUCUUUUAAAGUUAAGUAUGUGAUGCCAGUACAAGUACAUUAAUUAGAAAUAGACAUAUUUGCGUUCGAGAUUGGAAUUAAAUUAAAAAUCUUUUAGAUGAUAGUUAUUCAAAAUGUUACCAAACCUGUGAUUGUAAUUAAAGUAUAUUUCGGAAUAUUCGAAAGAAAAUACCUGUGUUAAUAGCAUGGCUCUACAUUGUGAUAGUAUCUAAACAUUUAGAUUAAGUUCAUAUUACUUAUCUGUAAAUUUAAGCAAUAAAUAUUUUGUACGAGAUUUA